GAUUAUAGGUUUAAUAUGAGAUUUAAAAUACAAAAAGAAAAAAAAAAUAUUAUAUUAUAUCAAGUUCAUCUUUAUAUGAUGUUAUCUCAAAAUCCACCAGGUUUAAAACCUGUGUUGGGAUCAAGAGUUGCUGUACCAGUUAAUGCUGAUUAUCCAUAUUAUGUUGCUGCAACAGUCCAGGCUAUCUGGAAGGAUUUAAGAGGCAAUGAAUAUGUCACUGUCAAAUAUGAUGACAAUCACAAAGGAGAAUGCUUAUUAUCGCAAGUUGUGGGAAACGGUUUUAAAAGCAUUCAUGAUAUCAAACUACACAAACACCAAAAGGUGUUUACGGUUCAUAAUGGCAGAGAAGUAGUUGGCGUCGUUGAAGACCACUCGGGCGGAUUAAUACGAGUGAGAUUAUCAGAGGUCGACGUCAUUUGUAAACACGAAGAAGAUGUUCGUCUGACAGAAAGCCGUUACAGCCCCAGGCUGCAAGACCACAACCAUCAAGUGGACUAUCGCAAGAUAGCUUCUGAGAAUGCAAGCCCAAAUCAUGGCAAAAAGCGACCAGUUUCAGCCAGCAUUGAAGUACCCAAAGUGAGUAGUCGGGCACGUAAAUCGUCUGCCGAACCUUCCAUGGAUGAACUGAUGGCAGCAAUGGUGCUUUCAAGUUUAUCAAGCAGUCCAGUUUUCCACAAUGCCAGAAGCCCGUCCAUGAGGAAAGAUGGAAGUCCUCACAGCUUUGCAGUAGCGGAGUUGGCCAGUUGGGCCAAGAUUCUCAAAUGUCUCCUAUCAGAGUGAACAUGUCCUCAAGCUGCUGGGCAUUCGGUUAUAAAAAGCUCUCUAGAAACUCCUGAGAGAAG